AUGGCGGCAAACAGCAGCUGCAGCAGUAGUGGUGUUGGCAAUAGUACCAAUAGUAGUAGCCUCAUUAUGCCAGGUGGCUACACAUUCAAUAAAUAUAAAACUCAAUUGAGCCACCCUGCACAUCAUCAUCAUCAUCUCCAGCAGCAGCAGCAACAGCAGCAUUACAGCGGCAGCAAUAGCAGUGGUACGGGUAGUGGUAGUAGUAAUUGCAGUAGUGGUGGAAAUACCACAAGUAGUAGUGGUGGUGGCAGUGGUGGUAGUAGUGUUUUUGUUGGUGUUGGCGUUGGUGUUGCCGCUGCUGUAGCAGCAGCUACCGCCCCUGCAGAGCCGGCUGCCUAUGCUUCUGUGGCUGUGGUUAAUGCCAACUCUACAAAUGGCAAUAGUAGCAAUAGUGUAAGACAACCAAAUAAAAGAAAAUUUUCCACUUUCUUUUAG